AUGGAACAACUGGGAGAGUUACCUACGUCCCUUAACCUGAUGUCCCUUCGUAAAGCACCUAAAGUAUAUCCAGGAGCACAGUUGGUAUUUUCCAGCACAUCAAAUAAUUCCAUUGGGAAGUUCUGUUCACAAUCGAAUGCACCUGAGAUGUCCAGAAACAUGACAGUGGUUGCGAUGCUCAAGGAGUUGCUACAACGCGAGAAUUUGGUCAAGGCAGCCUAG